UAAAGAAUCCUCUUCUCAAAUUCAAUGCAACGACAUAUCUAUUCCUAAAAUGUAUGUUCUAGUUGAUAGUUUUCUGUAAUAAAAUCAUUGUUUUUUCCAACAUAAAUUAUUUUUAAGAAUAUAUUUAUAUAUGUUUUUCUUUAAUUUCAUUUAAAAAAAUAAAUAAAAUUUUUCAUAUAUCUUUUAGGCUGAAUUAAUUUUCACUUCAGAAUGUUUAUCAAAAUUAAAUAAUCUAACUCAUCUUUGUAUUAUUUUCUCAUUUGGUAUUGAACAAAUUAAUUAUUGUCAACGAUUUGAAAGUUUAAUUUCAAAAAUUCUUAUUCAUCCAUCUCUUCAAUAUUGUACUAUUCAUACUGCACGAUGUCUUGAAUUUUCACAAUUACAAUCAUCAUCUUCUAUAGAAUAUCUUGAUAUUGAUUAUUGUAGUUUUCAAAGUUUAUAUACUCUAAUGAAAUUUACUCCUUGUCUUCGUCAUUUAACUGCAACAAUAGCAAUAAUUAGUGAAAUAAAAAGUGAACAAAUAUCAAUACCUUCUUUACUUAAUUCACUUAAAUUAAAAUUAUGUAUACCUUUAUUUGAUGAACUGACUGAUUUCUUAGAAAAAUUUUCAAAAUUACAAAAAUUAAAUAUUAUAACUUAUUCAAUAAAUGAACCAAUAAAAUCUACAUCAUCUUGGUUUACAUUAAUUACAGAAUAUUUACCUUCAUUAACUCAAUUUAAACGAGAAUCAAAUGUCGCUAUAGAAAAUAUUGCUUCAUAUAUUGAACUAUUUCAUUGGCCAAAUGGAUGGCAAUUAAAAGAAAAACGUACUCCAAAUGGUUCAAAUUAUUCUCGAAUUACAAUUCUUAAUACAAGAUAUUAA